AUGGGGCCUGGUAAAGCAAAGUAUCGUAAGAAACGCUUAGCUAAGCUAAAUGUAAAUAGAUGUCACGAGGCGACUAAGCAAAAAUUAGAUCAAUCGGAUCAAACUUUAGGAAAUCAGAUAAAAAAUUUUAUAAAAUCCUGCCAAGGGGAAAACAAAGACAAUUUAGCUGCCGUUCUAUAUGACAUAAAUGAUUUAAGAUUAGAACAACGACCCAUGCCGGAAAUUGGACCGAAAGAUGUGCUCUUGGCCGUCGAUUGCGUGGGCAUUUGCCGUACCGAUGUUGAAUAUUGGGAAAAGGGCAGAGCAGGCCCUUACGUAGUCGAAGAGCCGAUGAUAUUAGGUCGUGAAGCGUCGGGUAUUGUUGUAGAAUCUGGCAAACAGGUUCAGCAUUUACGUAAAGGUGAUCGCGUGGCAGUCGAACCUGGAGAAUCUUGUCGUCACUGUCAGCUAUGUCGUUCGGGUCAAUAUAACUUAUGUCCGUCCAUAAGAUUCUGCGCUACCCCGCCCAACGAUGGCCUCUUAACACGUUACGCCAAACAUCCCGCUCAUUUAUGCUAUAAAUUACCCGAUCAUGUCACUAUGGAAGAGGGUGCUCUAUUAGAACCUUUAGCCGUUGGUAUGGCUAGUUGUCGACGUGCUAAAGUUGGCUUAGGAUCCGAAGUAUUAAUUUUGGGUUGUGGUCCCAUCGGCUUGACAACUUUAGCAACUGCCACAUCGAUCGGAGCUUCAAAAGUUUUAAUAGUCGACAAGAAGAAGGAUCGUUUAGAAAUUGCUAAAAGUUUUGGCGCCGACACUUUGCAUCUGAACGAAAAUUGCAAUCCAAAGGAUUUAGCUCAAAGUAUACAUGCAACUAUGGGCUGCAUACCCGACAAAUGCUUCGAUUGUGUGGGAACCAUAGAGUCGUUGAAGUUAGCUAUUUACACAACCCGUCCGGGAGGUAUGUGCACUUUGGUAGGAGUACCUGAUGGCAAAAUUGUAUUACCUUUAAUAGACGCCAUGUCCAGAGAAGUCGAUAUUUUGGGUGUUGUUAAUUAUCGCAAUGAGUACUUAUCAUAUCACAGUUAUCCUAUAGCUUUGGCUAUGGCUGCUUCCUUUGAACUAAGUUUACCAGCCAUUAUAUCACAUCACUUCCCGUUGGAGCAAAUAUCUCUUGCUUUUGAAACUGCGAAACUCCAAGCAGAUGGUACUUUGAAGACACUCUCGAAAUACUUCAGAACAGGUCAAGCCGGUAGCUAA